ACUGUAGGUGAGUGUAUCAGGAGGAACAGGUUGGAGAAGGUGAGCUGAGACAUGGAUGGUGAGUGGAAGCGUGUAGCAGUGCCGCUGCUCUGUGCUGCCGGUGUGAGUGUUUUACUGCUGAAAUGGAGAGAACAGCAGAAGGUGAAGAGGAAACUGCAGAGAGCCAGAGAGAAGAGAGAGAAGGAGAUCCAACAGGCAGAGAAAGCCAUCAGCCUCUUUAAGGCUCAGAACUCUGGUGUUGAUCUGAGCUCCAUCGUGACUCUCCCACUGGCUGAACUGAGUCAGAAGAUCAGAGGAGGAUCUCUGAAGCCCGAUGCUGUGCUCCAUGCCUACAUGGAGAAGGCUCUGGAGGUGCACAAGAAACUGAACUGUGGCACUGCUGUCCUCAUAGAGAGUCUGAAACAACUGGAAGACAUCGAGUCACACAAAGACGGCCUUCUUUACGGCAUUCCCGUCAGCAUCAAGGACAACGUGGAUUAUAAGGGCUACGACUCUACCUGUGGUGUAUUGACUAAGCUGAAUGAUCCUGCCAUUAAGGACAGUGUGGUGGUCUCGGUGCUGAAGAAGCAGGGUGCCAUCCCCUUCAUCAAAACUAAUAUCCCUCAGGGUCUCCUCAACUAUGAAUGUAGUAACCCCAUAUUUGGGAGGACGGUGAACCCCUGCAACCUCGGGAAGACGUGUGGCGGCUCUUCGGGAGGCGAAGGUGCUCUGAUCGCUGGAGGAGGAUCUAUUCUGGGUCUGGGAUCCGACAUCGGAGGAAGCAUCCGCAUCCCAGCAGCCUUCUGUGGCAUCUGCGGCUUAAAACCCACAAACAACAGGAUCAGUGUGCGCGGACUCACUUCAUGUGUAAAAGGUGGAAAGACAGCUCUGUCAGCUAUUGGUCCCAUGGCCCAUGAUGUGGAGAGUCUGGCUCUGUGUAUGAGAGCUUUACUCUGCACAGACAUGUUCACUCUGGACCCUACGGUUCCUCCGAUACCGUUCAACCAGCAGGUGUACGAGAGCACAAAGCCUCUGAGGAUCGGUUACUAUGAGAACGACGGGUACCUUCAGCCGUCUCCGAGCAUGAGCAGAGCUCUACGAGAGACCAAGGAGCUCCUGGAAAAAGCAGGACACAAGCUAAUUCGAUUCCACCCUCCUCAAAUGUUCACCGCCAUCAACGAAUAUGUUGCGAGGGGAAACCUGGCAGAUGGAGGCGCCACCCUUCUAGAGCACCUUAAGCCUGGCCCUGUGGAUCCGUGUCUGCAGUAUCAGGCCAAGCACUACGGUCUUCCCAUGUUUAUGAAGAGGAUGAUCUCUCUGAUCCUUCGACCUAUUUAUCCACGCAUGGCUGCACUUAUAAACGCCACGUGUGGAGUCAGCUCUCCAGCAGAUCUGUGGAAACAGCACAAAGUAGUUGAGGAUUAUAUCCAGGAGACUUUAGCUGAGUGGGAGAAGCUGGAGCUGGAUGUUCUGUUCUGCCCCAUGCUGGGUCCAGCCUAUAACUUUAACUACACCGGACAACUAAACAGUGCCCUGAGUUACACUGCACUGUACAACGUGCUCAACUUCCCUGUCGGAGUCGUACCCGUCACCGAGGUCACAGCCGAGGAUGAAGCUCAGCUGAAACACUACACAGGGAACUACAGAGACGUCUGGGACAAGACUUUCGUCAAGGCGAUACGAGGCGGUGUGGGUCUUCCCAUAGCAGUGCAGUGUGUGGCUCGGCCCUGGCAGGAAGAGAUGUGUUUACGCCUGAUGAGAGAAGUGGAAGAGCUCUCUGCCAAGAACAAGCACUCCAAAACACACCACUAAACACACACACAUUUUCUUGUAAUUAAAACAUUGUGGGGUCAGUAGUUCUGCCGGUGUGUUAUGGGGACACCACUUUCCUGAGGUCCUACAGAUUUGAAAAAAAUCUAAUUUAAUUUUAGGAACAUAAAGAUCACUUGAAAUUCUUGAUUUAAAUCUCAAAUCUCAAAUUUUCUCUUAAAUCUCAAAUUUUCUGUGCUUGUUUUUUUAACACCUAAUGGGGACAUAACAAGAACUCAUCAGUAAUGGGGACCUAAUUUGCAUACACACAAAUUUGUCUGGUUUUCAGGUUGUAAACGCCUAAACGCCUCUAAUUUGCAUACACACAGAUCAGGUAGUUAUAACAUCAAGGGGACAUGGGUUAAUAAAAACAAGUUGGGCAUUUAACUUAAUUAUUAGUUUAUGAAAAAUUACAAGCCAAGUAUGUGUAACACUCAGAAGACUACAUGUAAAGAACAGAUGACCUGUAUUUUCUCUGUUUGUGGGUUUAAGCACCUCAUGAGUUUGAAGAAUUGUUUACAUCAAGGACUGUUAACCAAAACUUCACUAAUUGCAUACUCAUAAAAAGGCAAUUAAUCUUU